UCGUUUCGUUUUAAAAGAAAUGACAACAAUAAGUCACGUUUUUAAUUGCAACUGUCGCUCGAGCGGGCAAGUUGUGUGGAGCGCAGAUUUGUUCGAACCAAAAGCAAAAUGUUGAGCAAACUAUACGAUGUUGUAACAAGACCCAGUACAGUAAAGGAAGCUUACGAUUACAUGCCAUAUCAUGGAGCCAUAUUACCGAUGAUAAUUGUCAACAUCUUCUUUGCCGUGUUCGCCUUUCGGCUGGGACCAUGGCUGAUGCGAAACCGUCAGCCCUUCAAUCUCAAACGCAUUCUUAUGGUCUAUAACAUAUUCCAGAUUAUAUACAACACUUACAUGACCGGUCUGAGUAUAUACUUAUUAUAUUGGUAUGUCGAUGCAUCAGGUGGAUUUUCCUGCAUACGGCAUUUAGACAAUGAUCACCCGGUUAAGAAUUUCGAAAUAUUCUGUGCUUAUUUGUGUCUGGUCAACAAGUUCAUCGAUUACAUGGAAACGUUGUUUUUCAUACUGCGCAAGAGCUUCAAACAAGUAACGGUACUGCAUGUCUACCAUCACAUAAUGAUGACGAGCUUCGUGUACGUCUACAUUACGAACCAAGGUGUAGGCGGUCAUGGCGCCACAGUUCUCAUGCUCAACGCAUUGGUGCAUGCCGUAAUGUAUGUUUACUAUCUGAUGAGUUCCAUCAAUCCAGAGCUGAAGAAAUCGUUAUGGUGGAAAAAGUAUAUCACACAAAUGCAGAUAGUACAAUUCGUAAUUGACUUUGUCCAUCAAAUGUGGCCAGUGGUGGUGGUGCGCGACUGUCCCAUUGCUAAGCGUUGGAACUUCGUAUUUGCGCUGCAGGCCGUGGUUAUGCUGUAUAUGUUCGGCAACUUCUACAUUAAGACCUAUAUUAGGAAACCGAAGGCUUUGAAGACGGAUGACAAGCAAUUGUAAACACGAGGCCCAACUGGGUCAUACUCAAGGUUGGUUUGUUCAUCGACAGCCAACUGCUCAACCUUGUAAUUAUUGGCUUUAUUAUGUGAUAUUGAAUUUAAUAACUAUUUUUAAUUGAGAAAUCUAAGUUUUUUUUUUUUUUUUGAAAACUGCUAAUCAACAUACAACACACAUACUUAUUAAAUAAAUGAAAAUACUUGUGA